UUCAAUGUCAGCCCUUAUAGCGAUAUAUUGGCCAACGAUUUGGUGGCGAAUGUCGUGAAAGAGGGAAAAGUGGGAACUUAUCGACACUUAAGACUUCCCACGGAUUACGACAAAUGCCUCUCAAAUAAGUAUUACUUAAAUUCGGGUCAAUCGCGAGAUAUCGCAGGUUUGCAGUGGUUUUGUGGCAAUAAUAUACCGGUGCUUAAAGAGAUGAUUACUCCUAACAAUAAAAUAAUACACAAAACACCGGUUGAUGUCUAUUACUCUGGUAUUUCAUUUCACGACGUUAUGCUCGCAACCGGUCGUAUCCCACCUGGCCCUGAACAAAUAUUCACUGACUGUUCCUUAGGUUGUGAAUAUAGUGGUCGAAAGGUUGAUACCGGGGAAAGGGUUAUGGGUUUAGAAAUGGGCCGAUCGUUCGCCACGUCUAUUAAUGCAGACAUUCAUAGCAUGACUACAAUUCCCGAGCACUGGUCUAUGGCUGAGGCGGUGACUAUACUCAGCACUUAUAGCACACUGUAUUACGCGCUCAUUAAAAGGGCUAAUUUGAAACAAGGAGAGAGUAUACUCAUCCACUCAGCGGCCGGAGGUGUGGGACAGUCGGCUCUGAAUAUGUGUCUCCACUACGGGUGCGAUAUCUAUGUGACGGUUGGGACGGAAGAGAAAAAGCAAUUCCUUGUGAACCCAAUCGUAAAACUC